AUGGCAGACGCUAUGUCAUACCUGGCCAGUGCACACAGCUCUUCUGGUGGUGCCUGCCGGGGCCCGCAGAGCAGGGCCUAUCGGAGAGCUUUGCACCGUUACGCCAAGCAAAUCAACGCUCUUCCUUCUUAUGCCAAGGCUUUUCACAAGAACAAUCCGCAGUGCUUCGGACUCCCGCGGAGUUACUCGGUGCGUGUCGUCCAGGACGACAAUGCCCAGGCCGCUCCAGCUGCUGCCCAAGCUAUUGAAGGCAAGACCAUUGUGAUCGGUCAACAUGGUUCUGACAGCAGCGGCCUGCAGCUGGGCAGUGUUGGCGUCAAGCCCUCUGAUGUGAACUGGUUCUCUUCGACCAAUAGCUAUGUCUUUGACACGGUGCUUGAGCAACCGUCAGCCCAGCUUUUUCCUCAACUGAAAGCAUCGCGAGUCUCUGGAUAUGUGAGUCUUGAGGGCAACGCACCUGCAGCCUCAAUUGCCAUCGGAUCGGACGUUAUCAAUGUCAAGCUCGACAAGAAGGCGAGCUGGUACGAUGUCGAGGUCGCAGCCAAUGCUGGCGCCUACCUCGACACGCACAAGUCGACGCUGGCUUGGGAUGUCAAGUCUGACAAGUGGACUAACGCCAGCUGGGAAGAGGGCAAAUUUACCUGGGGUUACGACAUCGCCAAUAGAGGGAAUGACUUGCAGGAGGAUUGGGUCGCUGAGAAUAUGUUUCUUGACAACUACUCCGAUCCCCCAACUGAGUUUAACCUCACCAUGGACCUGUACGGCCCGGACUACACAUGCAUCAUCGGAGAGAGCACCGAUGAUGGUGCCUUCAUCAACACCACCAUCACGAAUCGACGUCUUGUGCCCCCUGCCCCAGCCCAACGUAGUCAAUCGGCCAUCAAGUCUGUCUUCCCAGUCAAGUGGAAAAUUCAGAUGACCCCCUUCGCCGAUAGCUUCGUGGGAGCCUACGAAGACUCUGAAGGCGUGAUUUACGCUGUCAAGGGGUCGCUUCGUCUGGAAGAGAGCGCCGAUGAAUCUGUCAUUGCUGCUAGCAUGACUGAGGACCUCAGCAUCGUCGAAGGCACCGAGAAGUCGUUUUCUGUCAUGUCCGUCGCAGAGGCACCGUCUUUUAUUAUGGCUGCUGCUGCUGAUGCACCCCCCAAAGCCAAGCUGGCCGUCCAUCAACUUAUGACCUUUGACCCCAUGGUACAGGACAAGGAGGAUCCUUCCGGCUACCGCGACUCUGUGGCAACGGUGGCUAUGAAGGACUUUCAGAACAUCAUUAUCUAUCACAUGGACGAGGAUCUGAGGACUACCUUCAUCAGCGCCUCUCAAGUACACCUUGAGCCUGAGGUGCUGGCAGUCGCCAAUGACGAUCCGGGCAAUGCAGCGUGGUACAAAACGCUCCAGGUUCCCCUUAUCACAUCUGUGCUUGCACAAGGCACUACCGAAUGGGGCAAACACUGCAACGGAGCUCGCGCAACUGCACGGCUCAAGUCGAUCCCCGCCGAGAGUGAGGUCUACAAGCGGCACUCGGCCAAGCUCUAUCGGUACCGCUAUUUCGAGAGGUUUCCCGCCAUGAAGGAGUUCCUGUCUGAUCAACGCAAUGGGGGCCACAAGGAAGACUUGAAGAAGUUUGCCGACAGAAUGAAGGAGCAGUUCAAAGCCAAGACAUCGGGACUCGGCGCCGGCAAUCCUGACUUUGAAAAGAACCUCGCAAGCGCCCUUGCUGAGAUCGACAACUUGGCCAAAUGGGCGCGCGACAAGAACUUGUAUUGGGCUAUGCAGCUUCUGUACUGGGUCCAAAACUCGGCCGUCCAGAUGUGGUACGGCCAGUACAUGUCUGGCAGUGUGUCGAGCUCCGUGGCCAUGCGGUUGAAGCAGUUGAACACGCUGUUUGGCAUUCUUGAGGACAACGCCAACAACACGAAGCCUGGAGGCAAGAGCUUUAUGCAAGCCUUCAAUGAAGAAGUCAGGUUGUACCAGAUGACGGCAAUCAUCCCGCAGAUGGUCGAUCUGACCGGCAACACAAAGCAGGACAUUGACGACUUGGUAAAGGAGUGUCUCGAUCAGUACAUCAAGCAGUACCAGAAUAUCGACAUGGAGGCGCACAAGGAGGCCAUCGAGGCCGCGCUGUUGCUCUAUCAACAGGACGAACUGCGCCGCAAGGUUUUCAAGAUGUUGUUUGCGCUUUCCCGCACCAGUAGCACCUUGGGCUCAUGGGGUGCCACGAUUGAGUUAUGGCAUCGUGAACUGUACAACAGGCCAUGGUUUCAGAAUGUUGCCAAAAUUGCCAAUUCGGUCCGGGUGCUUACCGUCCUCACCAGUGUUGUCGUACUCGUCCAGCCUCUUUUGACUGGCGAAUGGAGGAGCAUGUCGCCAGAGCAGAAGGUGAAGUGGGGAUUAGCAUGCAGUGCCCUCGGCGGUCUGGCUGGUAUGCUCAUCAUCGAAGUUGCCCAAGGCACCUUGCGUUUGUACCAAUUCUGGGGCGACAUGGCCGCUAAGCGGUGGUAUGAGAAGCUUGGUACCGCCUUUGGCUGGGAAGGUGCCGUCAACCAGAUUGAGAAUGGCGCUUUGCGAGUUCAAAAGGGAUUCGGCAGCUGGUUCACUCGUACUGCCGAGCAGACCAAGGACUUGGCUGCUCGAAUUGCUGCCAAGGAGGAGGGGUUGCUCGAGUUCAGCAGAUUUGAGAAGAUAUUUGGCAGGAAUGUUGGGGAGUUCAUGGGAGCUGUUCUUGGCGUGGUCUUGGGCAUUGUCAGUAUUGUCUUGAUCCUCAUCGAACUCGACUCGAACAAGGACGGUUUGCUCCAGGCGAUGGACUGGAUCAUGUUCACUUCAUCUGUCAUUCAAGUGGCCGGGAUUAUCCUCGGAUGGGUUGCCGCAGGUCUCGGGGCUGCCUAUUCAGGUCUCGCUCUCGUUGCCGCAUGGUCAGGGCCUAUCGCUAUCGUCUUUGCUGUCAUCGGAAUAAUCCUGUUCCUUGUCUGGUAUUUUACCACUGACCACCGCGAUCCAAUCCAGAAGUUUGUGGAAGACAAGGCCCGGCCCGCAGGACUUUGGGUAGACAACCCGAUGCAAGCAUCCGACUACAUUCGUACCGUGCCUGCUGUCGACCAAAACCCAUCCCUUCCUGGCCUGACUUUCAAGGGACCAAUGCGGCGGGCCGGCGAUAUUGGCCAGGAAGACACCAGCUCCAUUGACGCCAAGUAUCUGCAUCUCGGUAAGACCGAUGGCACCGUCGACCUCGGCGACGCUCUAGACUACACAUCCGACACCAUCUGGAGCUUUGAGACAGACGCCUAUGGCAAGAGCUUGAUCUACACCAAGCGCAUCAUCCAGGAAAAGGACCGCAAGCGAGCAGUGCUGUGGUAUUUGUCGACGGACGGCAGCAACAACGCCAUCGUUAAGCAACGCCCCGGCGCCGACCCCGAGUGGAAGGCGUUGCUUCCUUCCUUGCAGUGGGAGGUCGAGGUCCUAGAGCCGCCAAAGGUUGACGGCAAGAAGAACGUGCUGGCAAGCAAGGCGCGCAUUCGCCGAGGCAACCUCGAUCUGGGACGCACCUUUGACAGAGGCAACAAGCAGCCCGGCGGACUGGUACUGGUGGAUGUUGGACAGUAUGAAGAGGCUGUCAAGAAGUAUCGCCUCAGGGACAUAAUGUACCGCCAGGGUCACGGACCUCGGCCAGAGCUACCAGGGCCUGCGGUGCCAUUUUAUGUCUGGGAGGUUGAAAUGGAGGCAAUGGGCCCUGGAAACUUGGAGUACAGCUCGCCCAAGUGGGUGUUGACCAACAAACUCAAGAAUGAACGCAACUACCCGAAAUUCGACUAUGAGCCGAGUGAUGCCAUGCGCUGGUCCAUCUCGCCCCCGCUCGACGCCAACAGCUUUGAGCUCAUCACGGCCGCGGGCCAGGACGGCGGUAUCGUGAAGCAAAAGGACGGUGUCGAGCCACCGCUCAUGUCGCCAACCACGUACACAGUGACGUGCACCGUGACGCGCGGUGGCAAGGAUCUCGUGUCGUGCCAGGCUAACUUUACACUCGAGGUGAUUACUGAGGAGGAGCUAGCCAAGAGGGGUGAUGAGGGGGAUGACGAGGAAUGAAGGGCUGGAAGGAGAAUUAGCUCUGCGCAAGUCCCUAGCGAGACGAGUAGGCAGCUCCUCUUAUUAUUGAAGACUUUUAACCUUCAUAACCAUCCCAACUUGCUAACCCCAUUCAUAGACAUCCCGGAAUUCUCUCUUACUUUCCCUCAUUCUCAACCUUGAAAGCCCCCUUUUUUAUCACAACACUCUUCAUCGCCUCUUUUUGGCAGACACUUGACCACAGAUAUCAUGUCUUCGUCAGCAAGCCCAGACUCAAUCGCCCGCUUGUAUAAUGAGCCACAUAACUGGGUUAGGAGCGUCUCGGCGCCUGCACCUUCCGCAGCGGCCGUGAUAAGCUGAGUGCUGUUGUAGCAGUCCUUUAUGGUAGCCUGAGCUGACCAAUCCUCCCUGAGAAUCUUGUCAACUUUAAGCUUUGAGUAAGCAGAGGCCAUCGGCCCAGCCUCGAGCACCUGCCCAAAGGCGUCAAGGUCCAGCCCCUGUGCCGAAGCCAGGUUCGCGGCCUCGGCCAGGCCGACGGUCACGGUGAUGAGGAAGGUGUUGACGGCGUAUUUCAUCUUGAGGCCGGAGCCGACGGGGCCGCAGUAGAUGGCUGCGCUGGUCAUGGGCUGGAUGUAAGGUCUGAUGCUGUCUGCGAGGGAGGGGUUGUUUGCGGCUAGCAUGCCGACUAGACGGCCUUGCUGGGCUGGGAUUUUGCUGCCGCUGACGGGCAUCUCGAUGAAGGUCCCGCCUGCGGUUGUGAUUGAGGUGUUGAGGUGCUGGCUGAAGGGGACGGAGACGGAGGAGGUGUUGACUAGGGUUUUGUUGCGGAGGUGAGGGAUUAGGUCGGGGGUGAGGAUGGAGAGGAUGGCUUGUUCGUUGAAGAG